GCGACUACGGGGAGAAAUCCCGGAAGCCGGACCCUGCGGUGGUGCAGAAGGUCACGGGAAUCCUCACGGAGAAGUUCAAGGUGGAGGUGAAGCAUGCCUCGGUGUCGGACCCCACCUACACUGACGCCAUCUUAAGCCCGGGCAAACUGAAACUGGACAAUGGCGAGACCUUGGACUUCGAUGUCUACAUCCCCUGCUAUCCCGUGCGGCCCAAUACCGCCUUUCUGACCGGAGGCGAAGGGAAGCAGCUCCUGGACGCGUCGGGCGCGAUCAUCUCCAACGAGUGCCUCCAAUCCCAGGCCUAUCCUGAAGUCUUCGGCGUUGGAGUGACGACCACCAAAGUGCCCGGACACCCGGUGUCUGCACGGAUCACGAUCGCUUCGCAGCACUGUGGCAAGCAAGCUCUGGCACUGCUGCAAGGGAAGGAGGUCCAGAAGUUUGUGGACAAAGGCACCCCCCCCGCCGAUGGACCAUCCGAUGAACAUGAAGAUUGGCCAUGGGCCCGGUGGCUACAUGAUUUGGUCCGGCUUGCCAGGGCCUGCGAAGAUCUGUUGCUGUCAGUGCUGCGGAGGAGGAUUUCCCUUUUGCCCGCCUCCGUGUUGCUGGUGUUGCAUCCCGGGUUGUGCCCAUGGAUGUGGCACUUGCUGUGGGCCACCCGAGGGGGAAGGCCCCGCCAUCUUCAUGGUGGGUUUGUUGGGGAAGUUCCCAGGAAGCCAUGGAUACAAAGGCCUGGGCAAUUAUGGCCCAGAGAUCCCUCAGCAGAUGAGGAUGAGCUGAGCUGUUUGAUCAGCGCACUGCCUAUAGCUUGCGCCGAUGUAAAUGGUAAGAAUUCGGGUUGACGUACCAAUGAGCCAGACUCAUUGUGGGAUUGGAGGGUUGGCCAC